AUGAUAUUCGCAGCACAGCUGGCUUCAAAUAGCGAGCAACAGACCGAAACGACAUGGAGCGCUUCCAGACUCUCCCAGUCACGAGUGUCCUAUCGCUAUGGUCCAGACAUAUUCCCUUUCCUUGAGCUUCCACGAGAGAUCAGAGGCCAGAUCUACGACGACUACAUCGCCGACGACCGGACCAGUUCGGACACAAAGAUCUAUGGGUUGAUUGCCCUGCGACAUGUUCAGCAAAGCAGUCUCCACCGAACAUUCCUGCAAGUUCACGGUGACCAGAAUUUUAUCCAAACGAAUCGACAGAUUGCUUUCGAGUUUGUGGAGACACUCCACCGCUUGAGAGCGAACAUUGUGCAUCAUCUGUUCUUGAUCGCAUCGCCAAGUCAUUCCGAACGUCCACGUCUGCAGCGCGCCGUGGUGACGGACCUCUUUAGUAGGCUUAAGAAUGUUCGUCGCCUGGUCGUUAGUAUCGGGCUCUCUCAGACCUUUAGAGAGAAGUACAGUGGGCUGAGUUGCUACCCUUCAUGGCCUGGUCACUUCGAAGAUGGAAGCGCGACUGUCCUCGUCCAUCAGUUGACCGCUUGCACAAAUCUAGAGGAUGUCGUGAUCGAGUGGGCAUCAGCACUGCCUGGCAACUGCAUCACCUAUUCCUCUCAUCGUGAGAAGCAGAGCCUUAAACUUCUGCACCUUCUGGAAGAUGCAGUCGCGCCCCUGCCAAAGAUUCGGCGAUCUGCGAGUUUCGUGCACCAUUAUGCCGCUGCUUCCACACCAAAGAUCGACUACUCGUACAGUAAGAAGAGCUAUAGCUUCGAGGAACGCCUGGCUCGCCAUGAACUCGAGCAGCAGGCGGAGCAUGCGCAGGUGUUCGCCAAGUUUCUGCAAGACAUGGGGGUCUUGUCUAUGCCAUUCCCGAAACAUCAGGAUUUGGGCUUCAUCCUGCUAUCGUGA